UUUGGUAAAUACUAUCAGUCAAGUGCUAGGACGGUGAGGAAAGAUAAGCCACGUGGGCGUCAUCAUGGUCUCACUCAACAGAAGAGGCAAGAGAUAAAGGAAGCUUUUGAACUGUUUGACACUGAUGGCUCAGGAACUAUUGAUGCUAAAGAGUUGAAUGUUGCUAUGAGGGCUCUGGGUUUUGAGAUGACCGAAGAGCAAAUCAAUCAAAUGAUUGCGGAUGUUGACAAGGAUGGAAGUGGUGCCAUUGAUUUCGAUGAAUUUUGUCAAAUGAUGACUGCUAAAAUCGGAGAAAGAGACACUAAGGAAGAAUUAAUGAAAGCAUUUCGUAUAAUCGACCAAGAUAAUAAUGGUAAGAUUUCUCCUGUAGAUAUUCAACGCAUUGCAAAGGAAUUGGGCGAAAACCUAACUGACAGGGAAAUCCAAGAGAUGAUUGAAGAAGCAGACCGAGUUUUUUACCAGCAAGUAUUUAUUAUUGGCUUUAGCGCGCUUGACCGAGUUGGUUUAGUUGUUAUAGAAUAAAUUUUAUAUUAAAAUGUAUGUUUAUGUUGAAAUUGG